UUGAGGCAUACGCAAAGUAGCCAUCUUAAUUAUUAUCAAUUUUCUUUCCGUUUCAGGUUAAUUAUAGUGAAACUUCCUACUGAGGCAACUGGUUGGCAACCGAGAUUCCACCAACUUUGUGACUUACGAAAUGGACUCAAACGAAAAUGUAUUCUCAGUUUGUGUGAAUUGAGUCCAGUUAUCGAUAACUGUGCAUCAUUCGUUUAUACUAAUACAGUUGGAACGGUAUCUGGGCUUGAAGUUGAUUUACUAAAUGGUGUCCUUCUGAACACCAGGUUCACUAUCCAACUUGAAGUUGAGAACCCAAUUACUAAAUCAUUGGUUCCCUGCGCAGCUAACUCGGUCACCGUGCUGAAAAAUCGAAUUGUGGUUGCUGGAGACGAUGGCAGCAUCCGUUUAGCUGAUUUUGAAGGAAGUUGGAUUGCCUCGGCCGCAAAACACUUUGCUGCUGUUGUCAAGGUCAUUAGUCUGGAUAAUCAAAGUCAUCUACUGAGUUUGGGUGCUGAUCAUCGAUUGUUGAUGUGGAAUCUUACCGAAAACGACCAAUUUUCUGUUGUGUCAGAAUUGACGUUAACUGGACUUGGAGACCCACAGAAUGUGUCUGUUGUUGCUUGUCGGAGGACCUCGAAACGACUUCUGGCAAUGGUUUGUGGAUCCGGUGUUCAACUGUGCCAUUUCAAGCUGUAA